GGCGGCGGUGGUGGUGGUCGAGACAAGGCUGAGAGCUUUGACGGGGGGAGUCGUGGCCUCCACGCUCACCUCUGUUGAACUUUUACUUCUGUGUUGUGUGACGCACUCGGCAAAGCUAAUUCUGAUCCAGGAAACGAAACUCUGUCCCCCUGCAGAGCUUCGCACGAGGACGGCGACACUCGCUAAAGUGCGAGCUCUGGAAACGUUACAAAGUCGACACCCACUGUUGUAGGUUCAUCGGUGCUCCGGGUGGCAUUUGGCCGGCUCGAGCCACGCUGGCCAGAGUGGAACAAGAAGGGACAAGGGAAGGACUUUCAUGGCUGGCAUGAAAAAAAUUUUCCGGCAACUUUUUGACUCGACGGAGGAUGAGUUCGCGAAUUAUCAGACGACAGCGGAUUUUGGAUACGAGUUCAAUAGAGAAGGGCAGCUCAGAAGCACUCGGGAUGGGUCAUGCUUUAAGUACAACUUUUAUGGCAGUGGGAGUCGUGACCAGCGGCGUUACGAGGCACUGGGAGAGGUCAUAACCGAGCAUGUGUACGAACUUCUGGUGAAGGAAUAUGGACUGGAAAAGCAUUACGUUCCUGUCGAAGCCAUCAAUGACAAUGAACCCUUCAGCUUCAUCUUCAUGAGCCCCGGGGCUCUGCAGCAGGAGAAGCUGCUGCUGCUCGUUCACGGGAGCGGAGUGGUGCGGGCCGGCCAGUGGGCUCGGAGGCUCAUCAUCAACGACUGCCUCGACUCCGGCACUCAGAUCCCCUACAUUAAGCGAGCCAUGAAGGAAGGGUACGGUGUCGUGGUGCUGAACCCCAACGACAACCGCAUUGACGGAGGGAGGCUGGAGAGGGAGAGAAAGAGGAUGGAGGCCGACAAGAAGCGUCCGCAGUCCAAAUCCACGGACGCCAACGCUUCGAGCGACUCGGUGACGGGGAGCAUUUGGCAAAGUUGGCGUAGGAAAUAUCACUCCGUCAAGGGCAACGAAAGCCCGGAGGAGCACGUGAAGUACGUUUGGAAGCACUUUGUGGACAAGUCCGUAGCGAAAAAAAUAUUCGUGGUGGCUUUUAGCUACGGAGGCGCGGCCGUUGUGAACCUGAUCAACAAUCGCCCAGAUGUUCUGAACAAGUUAUCAGCAGUGGCCUUUGCAGACUCCGUCCAUAGGUUGUAUCUGAGCAAUCAAAAUGUCGUGCGCUGGUUCAAAACGUUUAGUGUUCACUGGGUUAGAAGUUCAAAGAAACUGAACACCAGAAUUCAUGCAGAUGACAGUUCCCUACGCUCUGCUGGAACGCCGUUUCACGAAAGGGCUCCUUGGACUGCUAUCGAUCCCAUCUUUGAGUACUUAAAGGCGAUGGCGGGGGAUGGAGGGGCGAGGAAAGGUGGCUUCGAUCCGACUGCGAAUGUGGCAGGCGGUGGCGAUGACGACGGAGACGACGUUUAAACGACUUGUAGAUGAUGGAACCAACAAAGAACGCGUAACGGAGACGGCUCCUGAUGAGCAGGGUGAGGAAGACGAUGCAGCAGGGACAAUUUGAUGGUGACUACCGUGGGUGAUGAGAACGGGGCUGGCAGUGGGGUUGGUUGGGGGCAGCAACGGAAGGUGCGGAGUACGAGGAGGUGGUAACGACCAGGGAGGGGGGGGGGUGGGAUGAGGAUGUGAUGUUGUCGCGCGAUGUCCGGGUCUCUCCGGUUUUCCCCUCCACAUAUAGACUCAACACGCGUUCACCUCUCCUGGUAUGCAUGAGGUCGUGGGUUCGAUCUCGACCCUAACGCCUGCUGUAUAUUUAAAGUUUAUGUGUGUGUGUGUCUCUCUCUCUCUCUGUCCGGACGGAUUUUUCUCUGGGUCCUUGGGUUUCCCCCUCCACAUUCAGAAUCAACAUCACGCGUUUAGAGUACUUGCCUGCCGCUAUACAUUGCCACGUAAGCCACGAACAAGCACAAUUCGGAGCUUCACCUUUUGAAGUUAAGAAAAAAAACCACAUACAACAUUCUUACAUAUACAUACAUAUAACUUUCUUACAUACACAUACACAUAACAUUCUACAUAUACAUACAUAUAACAUUCUUACAUAUACAUACAUACAACAUUCUAACAAAUACAUACAUGUAACAUUCUUACAAAGAAAUACAUAUAACAUUCCUACAUAUACAUACACAUAAUAUUCUUACAAAUACAUGCAUAUAACAUUCUUGCAUAUACAAACAUAUAACAUCCUUACAUACGCAUACAUGUAACAUGCAUACAUAUAC